GGACUAUUUCUCAAGAACUAAAGCAACCGACCUCAGAGGCGCAACAGUCUACGCGCACAGAGCAACAUGGUCAAAUGUUUCUUGAUUUGUUCUGAAGUCAAUGCAUUUGAUUGUUGGAUAAUUUAAUAUGAAACGGAAUAAGGUCGUCUAAAGUUUUUCAGGACAAAGAUUUAUGUGCCAGACUAAGUCAAAAUGUUACAAUUAGAACAGUUUUAGCGUGUGUAGUUUUUCUUAUCCGAAUUUUUGCAAUAGGGUACUGUACAAGUAAGCGAAGAAGGACAAAAUGGAGACAUUCACUUUACAUGACAUGCUCAUAAACUCCACCAAUUUGUAUAAGAUAUUAUGCGAUUUUGGAAUAAAAAAUGUCUCAGAGUGCGAAAAUGAAAAUUACACUACUCCAGAGCCGAAAGACAUAGACCAGACGGUACGCAUCUUCCUCUACAGCCUCAUCUUCCUCCUGUGCGUCCUGGGCAACAGCCUCGUCAUCACCGUGCUGGUCCGGAACCGCCGCAUGCGAACCGUCACCAACCUGUUCCUGCUGUCCCUGGCCGCGAGCGACCUGAUGCUCUGCCUCUUCUGCAUCCCCUUCACCCUGAUCCCCAACCUCAUGAAGGACUUUGUCUUUGGGAGUGGCAUCUGUAAGGUGGUCAUGUACUUCAUGGGUGUCUCUGUGACUGUGUCUACAUUUAACCUGGUGGCCAUCUCCCUGGAGCGCUACAGCGCCAUCUGUAACCCGCUGACCUCCCGCACCUGGCAGACCAAGUCCCACGCCGCCAAGGUCAUCUCGGCCACCUGGGUGGUGGCCUUCAUGCUGAUGCUGCCCUAUCCCAUCUCCAGCAAGCUGGUGCCCUUCACCCGCAUCAACAACAGCACCGGCAACAUGUGUCGAUUGGUGUGGCCCAGUGAUGUCAUUCAACAGUCCUGGUACGUGUCACUGUUGCUGCUGCUCUUCCUGAUCCCGGGCAUCGUGAUGAUGACGGCGUAUGGACUCAUCUCCCUGGAGCUCUACAGGGGCAUCAAGGUUGAGACGACCAACCGCAAACCCAGCCGGGAGCGCCAGUCCAGUACGAGCAGCGUCAAACCAGGCGACAGCGAUGGCUGCUACCUCCAGCCCAGCAAGAAGAAGAAGGUGGAGCUCACGCACCAGCAGAGCCUGGUCUCCACCGUCAGCACCGGCAACACCAGCAGCACCGCGUCCAGCACCGAGGCCAAGCUCAGCCGGGUCUGCAGCAACAGCUCCGCCUCCAACCUUCUGGCCAAGAAGCGGGUGGUCCGCAUGCUGCUGGUCAUCGUCUGCCUGUUCUUCCUGUGCUGGAUGCCCAUCUUCGCCGUCAACGCCUGGCGGGCCUUCGACCGGCGCUCGGCCGACCGUCUCCUCUCGGGGACCCCCAUCUCCUUCAUCCACCUGCUGUCCUACACCUCCGCCUGCGUCAACCCCAUCAUCUACUGCUUCAUGAACAAACGUUUCCGCCAGGGGAUCCUCUCCACGUUCGCCUGCUGCACGUGUCUGUCCCGGAGGGGGGGCGCGUUGGAGCGAGGAGGGUUGGGCGGGAUGGGGAGAGGCGGAAGGUGGGGACUGGGGGGGAAGGGGAGGAGCAGGAGCGGGGCGGAGAACGGCCAAGUUGGGCCCGGUGCCAGCAGCACCCGCGUCACCUACAGCAGCGUCCGCGGCUCCGCCCAAGCUUAGUUCCCCCCCCCCUCCCCCCCGCCGCCGACAGCCUGUCGGGAGUGAGUCGCCAUGGAGACAAACAGGUGUUUCCCUCACCGUCUGGCAAGCUUUCCACUCUGAGGCCUCUGCUUUCUCCCCCUUUAUCGUCGCUUCGCCUGGACUCUGGGAGUGGAAAGACGAAGAGCCGAGCUAAGGAACCCGACAGUCU